UUUUGAUUUUCAUUGUGGCAUCCGUUGCAUCAUGACGAAGUUUCUUCAGAUUAUGUUUGUAAUCGUGGUGCUACUGUGGCUUGAAGCGAACAGCACUCCAUUGUUCCAAGGGAUAAGCUUCCAAAGAGGAUUCGAACUUAACUUCAAACCUUUGCCAAGGAAGCCGCUAACGUUCCUCAGACAAAAAUGGUCACCGUUUGGAGUUUUUGGAACAAAGCAUUCAAUUCAGAAGAGGAGCCCUGGGGCUGUUGUGGUGCCAAUUGAGGCAGAAUCGCCAGCGCCAAUGGUUUCGGGACCAAUCAGACCUGCACCAGUGUUCGAACACGUUGAAGAACAUUUAAACCCUCCUCCUUAUAUAGCUGUACCUAAUCAAACACCUAGAUCUGUAAUACCGCUUAUAUCUUCUCCAGUAGUUCCAAUUGGUACGCCUAUACAACCUAUGUCCCCUAGUCCCCUGAUAAUUUCAUCCCCAGCACCUCCUUCCAUGCCUUUAAGUGUUAUUGUGACCCCUGCUCCUCGCCCUAUAGUAAAUAGUGUGCCACCGCCCUCUUUAUAUAAUGACAUAGUCACGCCACCUAAUCAACCAUUUGCCAACGAUGCAAAAUUAGAAGGUGCUCUGCCUCCUUUAUCCUCGAAUAUGGUUAUACCACCACGUUUUACUGAUAUCUCGAGAGCUGAACCAGUAAGAGAAUUUAUGGAAUCCAAUCAAGCAGUACCACCUUCUUUUGCCGUAGAGGAGAAAGUUGCACCACCAUUGGAGACAAAUAGUAUCAAACCAGAAGUCCCCAAAAGUGGUUUUGCAUUAAAUGAUAGUUCACUGGUAAGAGGGUCGAAAAUGGCUUUGUAUUUCGGUAGUAUUUUCCUUCAGCUUAUGUCACAGUUUAUGUCUAAUGCUAGAGCGACUUUUGAUCAAAUGACUAAUCCGCCACCAGUGUAUAAUAAUUAGCAUUUUUUGUGGCUGGUAUAUCUAAGAAUUUGACUUUUUCUAAAUCAUUUAUGUUAGAGGAGGUUUAGAAAGAAAGGAAUAAAAAUUUCAGUAAAACUAAAUAAUUUAUUACUUAACAGUCGGUACCACAUCCAGUUAGCUGCUCAGUUUUGUCCAUUUGUUGUCGAUUGUUUAGCGUCCGUAUCCGUAUCCGCGGAUUCCGCCGAUCGCCCCAAAGCCACCUCCGUAGCCUCCGUAUCCACCGUAACCACCACGGUAUAAAGCGCCACCGUAGCCCGCACGGUAGGCACCGUAACCGCCGAAACCACCGUAGCCUCCUCCGAACCGAGCACCCCCAAAUCCUCCGUAGCCGAAUUGUGCGGUGACCACAGACACCAGGACGGCCAGGAUUACCACCACCAAUGUGAACUGUAAAAAGAAUGCAUUGAUUAGCCAUAUACCUAUAUAAAAUAUGACUUUGGUGAAAAAUGGUAGGGUUCAAAAUUUCGAAUUUUGCAACGCCUGCAAAAGGCCUUUAAGCUGAACCUAAACCUGUAUAUAAGAACUGUACAACCUUAACAUGCAAAUAAAUAUUUUGAGUUUGA